UCAAGUGUUUGGAGUACAAUCUGCAGUUCCUACAGACUAAUAUUUAAUCUAUUUAAAUAAAGGGGCGAAAAUUGGCUUCCAUAUAUUUUAGGUAUUACCUUUACAUUUCCAAAACUCCUCCCUUUAAAGUGCGACAUCCAAUGAAUUACCGGCAGCGAGUUUAUUUCCUGAAGUACCCAAUCACCUACGCUUAUCUCCAAGGUUUAAGACGCAUAAUUGGUUUAACAACCAAUCACUUUAAAGUGGGCGGGUCUAAGGCUCAUUUACCGGUACUGUUUGCUUUUCCGUUCAACAGCUGCAUUUUUAGAGUAGAAUGGCGACCGCUACGUGCGGUUUGCAGUCCAAAGGCAGUAACGGAAAACAGGCGAGAGCUCGUCGAGAACACCGAAGGAAAGAAAAGGACUCUCGCAGGAGACAAGCGGCUAUUUUGUUCCUCAGCAAUAUUUCUCUCGAUGGAAGACCUCAGUGUCAGUCUGCCGCUGGAAAUACUGACCCAAAAGCCGGUGAGGAGACCGGACUCAUUGGCGGAGACGGCUGCGCGGCUCUUGAGCUCCUCCGGACUGAUAGCGAAGGUCCAGUUACAGAAGCCCCAGCGGAACCCGGGAGCGGCUCGUCCUCCAGUUUCCCCGGGGUGCUCAGUCCUGCCCGGCCUCCUUUGGUAACGUCUCCUGGACCGACUGCCGCCAAUUCUGUGGGACCCAACGAUGUAUUUUUAGAGAGCUUCGGCGCAGUGGAGACGCAGUUUCCGGGUACCCCGCUACCUCCUGACACAGCCGGACACCAGCCCUGCUCCCGGGCCAAAUCUACGCCCGCCGUACUUAGCCCGACUCCGGCCGGAAACUGCCUGGAAUCCCGGCAGAGGCAGAGGAACAUUUCUGGUUCUCCUGGACCCAAGGUGCCAAAGAAAGUCCACUUCAUUAAGAGCAUGAGGCCAUAUGAUACAAGAGGAAGCAGGAUCAUGCUGUUCUGUGCCAAGCGGUCGCUUUAUGCUACUUUCUCAGUGCUGCCCUAUGGAGAGAGGGCUCACCUCAGUGAUCCAAAGUUGGACGGUCAGAGACAAAGAUUAUCUUCUGUGGUUGCUGCUGAUCUGCUGCCUUCCCUGGAAGGUGUGGAGCUGGGUGCCAUAGGAAAGACGGUGUCCUACGCUCAGUUCCUGUACCCGACCAAUGCGUUGGUGAGACAGAAAAGCAGCAGUAUGCUGGAGAGCUGCACAGCUCAGACCCCUCAGUGUCGUGUCCGUGCUAACGGGCAAAAAGGCUCCAAUGCUGCUCGCCCGAACAGCGGCACAGCACAAGACCCAUAUAUAGAGGAGGUGGGGGAAUAUGACCCGAACCUGCUCAGUGACCCUCGGUGGCCGUGUGGGAGACAUAAGAGGGUUCUUAUAUUCGCAUCAUAUGUGACGACCAUUAUUGAAUACGUGAAACCAUCCGAUCUGAAGAAGGACAUGAACGAGACCUUCAAGGAGAAGUUUCCUCACAUCAAGCUGACACUGAGCAAGAUUAGAAGCCUGAAGAGGGAGAUGAGGGCCGUGAGCGAAGAGUGCGGUCUGCAGCCGGUCACCAUAGCGAUGGCCUUUGUCUACUUUGAGAAGCUGGUGCUGCAAGGUCGCCUCAACAAGCAGAACAGGAAGCUUGUGACAGUUGCGUGCGUGCUGCUGGCUGCAAAGAUCAGCAGCGAUCUACGGAAACCAGAAGUCAAACAGCUCAUUGAUAAGCUGGAGGAGCGUUUCCGGAUAAACAGACGGGAGCUGAUUCCUCUGGAGGUCUCCGUACUGGUGGCUUUGGAGAUGGGACUGUACCUCCCAGAGAGCAAGGUCAUGCCGCACUACCGCAGACUGGUGCAGCAGGGUUAGACCGGACGUUGUAGUGGAUCAAUCGCUUUUAUAAGCUGUGGUGUUUGAAAUAAAUAAUUCUGGUACGCUUUGUUUUUACUGUGAGGAAAAAGAGAAUUUACAUUCUUUGUCAAUGUCUUUUUGUACGUGAUAAUCCAUUCAUGAGCUCUAUGUUAGAGAUGUUCAAUCAGCACUUUAAUUGUGCUUUUAUUUCGGUUUCUUGUGAUGCAUCUUUUUAAAACACAAUGUUUUUAACUUGUGUUUAAAGGAAUUGGUGGCUGUGAUUUGUGUUUUUUUAGAGGGGGGGAAAAAGAUGUGGCUCUGCACAUUGUUUUUAUUCUACAAACUGUCUUGUAUUUAUUUUAACUGAGAAAAGAAAUACAAAAUUUUGUAAAUGGGUUUCUGACACUGUGACACUGAAGCAUUUUUUAGCUGUGAAAACAUAACUAGGCUGAGAGCUGCCCUUUUAAUUUAAUUUGUCCAUCUUGAUUUAUUGUGUCCUGCAGUGAUCCGGUCUGAUCUACUGACACUGAAAACAAGACAUUAUUCGGGCUCUUGUGGCAGCUCUGAUUCUGGUGUCGGUUGUGCUCCUGUGCUGUUUUACUACUGCGUGGGUCAUGUAAAAGAAACAGGAUUUUUCUGAUGUGUGUGUAUAGUGUUUACUUUCUGUUUGGUGUAAUUACGCAGGGAUUUGUUUUCUGUGGUCAACUAGUUGACUUGUCUUUCAGUUCUCAGGAAUUUUACUUUAAGUAGCUCAUAAAAUCUGACCCAAAGAAGUCGUUCCAUUAUAGGUCAAAUGGAAAAUACCUGAUUGUAGUUUGUGUGCACAUGGAUGGAUUUUAAUGUUGUACUCAGCAGCAGUAUCUUAAAUUUUAUGUAAAUAUGGUGAAAAGUGCCUGAAACCACAGUAUCAGUGAAGAUAUCCAAACAUGUUUUUAGUCUCCACAUUUCUUACUUUUUCCUGCAGCAUCUCUCAAAUGCUGCGUCUCUUGAGAUAAUCAUGACCUGAUUUACAAUCGUAGACUGCGUGAUGGUGAUAAGUGUUCAAAAUAAACAUCCAAAUCUGCAGAA